CCUCCAGACAACGGGCCUCCUCCUCUCCCCAGCUCCUCUCUCCCAGAGGGCUACUAUGAAGAGGCCGUCCCCCUCAGUCCUGGAAAAGCCCCAGAAUACAUCACCUCCAGUAAGUGUACAAAACACAAACGCACAUCCAUGUGAAUACACACAAACACACACAACGAAAACACACUUGAAAAGCUAAAGUGAGGACUGAACACACAUUCACUCACAAUGCACAUACACCCGCCCCUGCAGUCAAUAUGUAACAUAUUAUCCCUCAACUAUCUCUCAGACUACGAUUCAGACCAGAUGAGCAGUUCGUAUGAGUCGUAUGACGAGGAGGAGGAGGAUGGGAAGGGUAGAGGGAAGAAGAUGCGACACCAGUGGCCUAGCGAGGAGGCCUCUAUGGACCUGGUCAAGGACGCACGCAUCUGUGCCUUCCUGCUGCGCAAGAAACGCUUCGGACAGUGGACCAAGCUGCUCUGUGUCAUCAAGGACAACAAGCUGCUGGUACGGACACAUGCACAGAUACAGAGAGACACACUGUCACCCUCACAUACAACCACACACACACACACACACACACACACACACACACACACACACACACACACACACACACACACACACACACACACACACAUUAAUAACCACAUGUACCUGGAGACACACAUAGCCAUGUGUAUUUGAAAAACGUUAUCCACUGGUUCAUUGACCUCUCUCUCUCCUCCCUCUCUCUUCUCUCCUCCAGUGCUACAAGUCAUCAAAAGAUCAGACGCCCCAGAUGGAGCUAGUGUUAUCAGGCUGCAGCAUCACACAUGUCCCCAAGGACGGCAAGAAGAAGAAACACGAGCUGAAGAUAGUCCACCAGGGGGCAGAUGCCCUGGUUCUGGCCGUGCAGAGCAAAGAGCAGGCUGAGGAGUGGCUCAAGGUAACACAAUAA